AGGAAGCGAUUACACACAUUCAGAGAGUUUGGCCCACUGUGCAUUUUUUACAUGGGAAAAAUUACCAAGGGUUUGUGAAAGAGGAACUGUAAUCACUCGACUUGUUUAUUAUGCCUGCGUCUGUACAGCUCUGUCUGAUGGGAUGUAUGACUCUGACUGUGGGGCUGGCUUUGGGGCCAAACCAGAACAUGGAGUUUACGUUCAUGUUACCUGCUGGCAGCACUGAGUGCUUUUACCAAACAACCGUGACAAGUGACACCAUGGAAGUGGAAUACCAGGUAAUUGCAGGAUCUGGUCUGGAUGUUGGGUUCGCUUUAAUCUCACCCAGCGGGUACCGGUUGGUCUCUGAGUUCAGGACGUCUGACGGCAUCCACAUGGUAGAUCCCACAGAAUAUGGAGACUACAGGUUAUGCUUCGACAACAGCUUCAGCAAGAUGUCAGAGAAGAUGGUGUUUUUCAAAGUCAUAAUUAACAGCCAGAGCGAAACACCUGGAGUCCAAGAGGAUUGGGCGGACUUCACUGUGUCCGACAGAAUGGUGGACUACAGGCUUAAAGAAAUCAGGGGGAGGAUGGACUCUGUGUACCGACGUCUGGAAAAGAGUCGCCAGGUGCAGACAGUCCUGCGGGCCUUUGAGGCCAGGGAUCGCUACCUGUUAGAAGACAACCUGUGGCGAGUGUCCUUCUGGUCCUGCCUAAACCUGCUGGUGAUAAUGGGUGUAGCAGUCACUCAGAUUUACACCCUGAAACGUCUCUUUGAUGGUACCAAGCGGGUCAGCACAUGACAACAGAACCACUUCCUUACUUUCAACCCACACAGGACGCCCUGACAGCUGUUGAUAAGCUAAAGCCAGGGAGAACUUUUUUUCUCUUGUAAAUCUUUUUAUACCAUAUAAAAGAAUGAUAAUCUGGAUCUCAAUGAAGUUUUCCGAUAGAGAAAACCAACAACCUGGACAGCAGAAGACAUGGCUGCCUAAAUCACUGACUGUAAAAUGUCGUCACACUGCAAUUCAGAGGUUUACAUUUGGUUCCUUUUGCACACCUAGUCCAAACUUUUGGACUUUAGUUCCCAAAUGAAAUGUGAAAUCUACUUUAAGCUGAAAAAAUAAAUCUGAAUUACUGCCUUUGACUCUCUGAGACAGUCGUGGUCCAUCCUGGAUUAAUCACAGAGUGGGAAUAUUUAAAGCUACAACUUCCAAUUAAUAGGCUCAUGUUAGGUUAUGAACAGCCGGCAACAAACUUGUGUGGUUUACCAUUAGGGGUGAUCAGUGAUUGCCUAAAAUAGUCCCCUUGAUUCUGUUAGUCCCAUUGAUAGGCAAUUAUAUGUUUGUUUUAUUCCAUCUGAUCUAGUGAUUAAAUUGAAUUAAAAAAAACUGAAUUGCUGGUUUCAAUUUUUCAACUUUUACUUUAAGCAAUUAUCCUAAUUGAAAUGAAAACCCCAGUAAUAUGUCACUUUCUAUA